AUGAAAGAGAUCAUGGACGUGGGAAUGAAGAUCGCCUGUUCUAUUCAAGCCAGAACUCUUCAAAGACGGUUAUUCCGUGCACAUCUGGAGAUGGCUGAUUGCGACAAUUCUGAGUUGUUGCUACACACUGACUCUGUUCACAGAAGGCUGAACGAUAUUUCAGGAGCAAAAUUUUCUGAACACUGUCAAGAGGUAGUGAAACCAUACGACUGGACAUUCACCACAGAUUACAGAGGCACCCUAAUAGGAGAGGAAUUGCAGAUUAAGGUGACUGAGACAACAGAAAGAAUUAACUUGGAGAAGCUGAGGGCUCGUGAACAGAUCGUGUUCUUUGAUGAGGUCCUACUGUUUGAGGAUGAGCUACAUGACCAUGGGGUCUCAAUGAUAAGUGUUAAAAUUAGGGUGAUGCCCACCAGUUUCUUCACAUUGCUGCGUUUUUUCCUGCGGGUGGAUGGUGUGCUGAUAAGAAUAAAUGACACCCGACUAUAUCAUGAGGCUGGACAGAAGUACAUGUUAAGAGAGUUCUGCACAAGGGAAAGUAAGAUAGCAGAAUUGAAGAGUGUUCCUGCUUCGCUAUACACUGAUCCGAAUGAAAUUGCUCAACAUUUAACCUUCAAGCUAAGACAGUGUGAGAAGUUGGAACUUCCCGAGCAGGAGCAUGACGCUGUUAAUGAAGACCUUUAAUGAGCAGUAUAUACUUCAAUUUGUAUUUUUUUAUGAUGAACUAAAUAUCAAAUAUUGCUGGCGUUGGGCAGAAACUUUGCAUCUCCAAAAUGAUCACUUUUCAGGAAACAAAAGAAAUGGCAUGUUGAGCCAUUAACAUUGCAUCGUCAAAGUUAGCAAGACAUUUUCAACACAUUAGAUUGGUAAAUAAUUAAAAUAAAACUUAAAGAAAAAUAAUAGUAAUUAAAGUAAAAAUAACACACGUGGGGACUGACCAAUGGUAUCGAUUUGUGAAAAAAAUGUGAAAUUGACCAAAUUUGGACCUAAGUGGUUUUGGCCCGAUGACAGCGAUGUAAUAGUUAAUGAUUGCAUUCUUCAAAUACUGGAUAAUAAAGUUACCGCCAUGUAUGUAAA